GAUGCGGAGGGAGGUGACGCACACGCCAUCCUUCUCUCCGGGCUCCCGGCUCGACCCCCACCGAGUCCCAGCCCGUGGGACGCUCCUCCGGCUGCGCUUCGGUUAAAAAUGGCCUCCAGGAUGGUCUCUACCUUGCUAUCUGGCCUACUCUUUUGGCUGGCAUUUGGAUGGACUCCGGCAUUUGCUUACAGCCCACGGACCCCUGACCGGGUCUCAGAAGCAGAUAUCCAGAGGCUGCUCCAUGGCGUUAUGGAGCAGUUGGGCAUUGCCAGGCCACGGGUGGAAUAUCCAGCUCACCAGGCCAUGAAUCUUGUGGGCCCACAAAGCAUUGAAGGUGGAGCGCAUGAAGGUCUGCAGCAUUUGGGUCCUUUUGGCAACAUCCCCAACAUUGUAGCAGAAUUGACUGGUGACAACAUUCCUAAGGACUUUAGUGAGGAUCAAGGCUACCCAGACCCUCCAAAUCCCUGUCCCGUUGGAAAAACAGUAGAUGAUGGAUGUCUAGAAAACACCCCAGACACAGCAGAGUUCAGUCGAGAAUUCCAGUUGCACCAGCACCUUUUUGAUCCGGAACAUGACUAUCCAGGCUUAAGCAAGUGGAACAAGAAACUCCUUUAUAAGAAGAUGAAGGAAGGACAAAGACGAAGGCGGAGGAGUGUCAAUCCAUAUCUACAAGGACAGAGACUAGACAAUGUUGUCGCAAAGAAGUCUGUCCCCCAUUUUUCGGAUGAGGAUAAGGACCCAGAGUAAGGAGAAGAUGCUGACUGGAAGCUCACGCCGCUUUUCAGGCCUUGGUAUUGCUUAUGUGCACGUGCUGUGAGAGCCCCUGUGAAUGGCAGCAUGUCUCUUACGUAUAUAAUUGUGGAUGGAAAGCAGCUGUAUUUUGAUAUGGCAUAUCUCUUUUGUGCUUCACACUGAUGGCUCUGCUUUCUGCUAAAUUAGAAUAAGAGCUUUUUUUAAAAUGUGGCUAUGCAAUGAGCAUUAAAAUUAAACAUAUAUGUCAACAACAAUAAAAAGCAAGACUAUGAAAUGCUCAGAUUUCUUAUGGCUUAAAAUGGCAUUUGGGGUGUACUAUUUGUCUGUAGAAAGCUGGUGUUUGAUCUUGAUUAUGUAGUUCCUCCAGCCCUUGGGCAUUGUUACACACCAAUAAAGAAAGUUGUUCUCAAGAGAAGGAGCUCACAUAUUCUACUUGGCUUCACCUUAAUAAAUGUGCAUGCGAGA